GAGAGCACGCUGACACCACCACGCGCCGGAUUCAACUUCAGCCACACUGAGCAACAAGUUUUUGCAAACAUGCCGAGGUCUUUUCUGGUGGAUUCCUUGAUUUUAAGGGAGGCCAACGACAAGGGGAACGAGAACAACCCACCUUUAUUCCCGUAUGCCGUUCACUCACCGCAUCACCCGCACGGGCUGACGGGCUCGUGCCACUCCAGGAAAGCGGGGCUGCUGUGCUUCUGUCCGCUGUGCAUGACCGCGUCCCAGCUCCACCCGUCUCCACCGACUCUGCCGCUUCUCAAGGCUUCGUUUCCUCCCUUCAGCGCGCAGUACUGUCACUCAGCUCUGUCCAGGCAACACACCUCCAACAGCGUCAACCUCAGCCACGGUCCCGGGAUAUACCAGGCUGCGUACUCAGUCCCGGACCCAAGACAGUUCCACUGCAUCUCUAUCGAAAACAGUAACAGCAAACUUCAGAGCAGCAAGCGCAUGCGCACGGCCUUCACCAGCACACAACUUUUGGAGCUGGAGCGCGAGUUCACCUCCAACAUGUACCUCUCCAGACUGAGGCGCAUCGAGAUCGCCACGUACCUGAACUUGUCCGAAAAGCAGGUUAAAAUCUGGUUCCAGAACCGCAGAGUGAAGCACAAGAAAGAGGGCAAGAGCAGCGGCCAAAGGACUGGAUCACAUAACUGCAAAUGCUCGUCCCUGUCCACCGCGAGAUGCUCGGAGGAAGACGAGGAUGACAUGCCCAUCUCUCCAUCCUCGUCCGAAAAGGAGGACGUGGACCUGUCUGUCUCCCCCUGAACUCUCUCCCCUGCCCUCCCAAUGAAAGAUUUUGGUCCUCAUGAUUUUGAAAACUGCCAAAAAAAAGACUGAACCACUUGUGUUCAGUCGUCUGUACAUAGAAAGAGAAUAUUUAAUCAGGGAUUUGCCCUGAAUUAUUGUAUAGCUGUAUACAUGUUGUACGUUUUGUAUGUAGUUUUUUUCUGAAAACGGUAUAAUUGUUUUUGCCAAUCCCAUGAGUAUGGUAGGCAUAUUUGUAAAGACAAACCCGAAUGACAAAAAGGAGAAACAACAAUAACAACAUCGUUUAUUAGUGUUUUGGGGAAGACAGUAUUUUGUAUACAUGGUUACCAUACUGGUUAGACCCAUUCUAUGUGAAUGGAGCUGUCAAUUCAAUUGUGGAAAGCUGGAGGGGCAUUGCUGAGAUCACUCUGAAAUUAUAUCUUCAGUGUAAUUGAAAAAUAUUUAUUUAUUUAAAAAUGUUGAUAAAUAAAAAUA